AUAAAUGGAGAUAUGCAACCUCCUCCGGAUGCAAUAACUCUGUGAACCACCCGAUUAAUCCAACCGCCCACAUUCUUUCACUGCUCCGGCUUCCCGCCGUCAUAUGUAGUGGGCCCCUCUUUUUCCCCACUCAACUAGUUUUCAAAAUCUGCUGAUGCAGUUUGCCUCGCAAAUGGACGACGCAAUGGAAGAUCAUGUGAAGAUUGUUAAGAUAUCAGAGCUUGUGGAAGGUGCACGGCCUCUCACUUCCACAGCGUCUCUCAACGUACGCUCGUCCAGCCGUUCGCUCUGUCAUAACACUAGUUCUUCUUCCAUUUCAAGCCCUAAUACUGUGCCUCGAGUCCUCACUGCACUGAAACAUCCCACCAUUGUGGUCGGAACGCUUACACUUCCAAGCCUCAAUUCUGGCUCAUCUUCUGGCUGCCCUUGCUUCCAGUUUUCCGAUGGCACUUGUACGGUUUGUUGCGACGUCCUUGGAUUGGACGCGUAUGUUAUCGGGAAAGAAAUUCGUGUUUAUGCUUGGAAUUUCAUUUCUUGUAAACGUGGCAAGGGUUUCUUGGAGAUUAUCAAAUGGGGGUUUUUGGAUUCCAGUAACGACUUGAGAAAACAGCAGCUUGACCAGUCAAACCAUUUGGAUUCGUAUCCCUUGGUACCUAGUCGUUUCAGCGGUCAAAGUGUUAGUUUUUCAUCUGGGCAUCGCGUCUAUGGGGUACUUGAGUCAGUUCGCCCUUUAACUGUGGUCCCCUGUACGAUGCUUGCGAGCGGUUCCAAAAGGCCCGAGGAUUGGAAUUCGUCUUCUUCACGAAACUUAAUGGGGUUUUUGGUGGAAGUAAUUUGUUGCCAGUGCAGACUAUGUAGUUCUAAAACAUUGCCUGAUUUGAGUUGUUUAAUGGCAGAUCGUAAUACUCAUUCUUUUACCAAAUUAGUGGAUAUAUAUUUUGUUGACCAUGCAUCAUCUUGGCAUCCUGUAAUUACUAAGCUUAGUGGUAACUGCAUUGUCAUUUCGGGUUUGAAGAGAAAGUUGGUUUUCAUGGGAAAGGAGGAGUCAUGUAUAAUGUAUGUGACUACCAAUGAGUCUGCCCUACAUGUUCGUCCGUAUUUCAAGCAAUGGCUACCAUGUUUUAACAUGGAUACAAAGGGGAAGAGAAAAUUCAGUACAUAUACUGGUAUACUUAGAGGUGUUUACAUGCAAGGGAUGGUUGUGGAGUUGGACCAUGAUGUUUGGCUUCUUUUAACAGACCAAAAACUUACUCUGCCACACAGUCUUAGAGUUGGUGCCAUUAUAUCUGUCAGAAAUGUCCAUUUUGUGGAUCCAAAGUUUCCAUGGACAAAAAUUCUUAUUCUUGGGGCCUGCUUGAAGAGUAGCAUUGUGGUGGAAUCCUUCUCCCCUUUUCAAACUGAGUGUCAUAUUAUUCCACAAUCAUCAAGCAUGCUGGGGAAAUUCAUUGAGUCAUUACCAUUUGCUGCAAGAUUAUGGGUAUUACUUCUUGUCUCAAGCUUACGUAAGAAGUUUGGUGGGGUCUUAUCCAACAUGGAUCUUCUGGGUUCAAAUCAUAGAGAGGGGCUAGCUCAGAUGUUUGCUCAAUUACAGUUACCUUCAUCGGUAUUUCAGACACAGCGUGGUGCUUUCACUGGGCUGUGUGGACAUGACUCAUUUGGGUGUGGAAGAGAGCUACAUUGUGGUUCACUGAAACUGGUAAUUCCUAUGUCUAUUUUCGCCUGUCACUGUAAAGCCACCAUAAUGAGAAUGCUGAGGUCAGGAAAUGACUGUAAAUUGCUGAAGGUGGACAACCAUUUGAGGCUUUUAUCUGGUGAAGUGAGUUUUCGUGGCCAUUCAGUUAGAAGGAUCAUUUCUAGUGAAGAUGUUGGCUGUCUUUUGCUUGGGUACUUAAAGAUUGCUCCAUCAACUGGAAGACUGCAGUUGGUUGAUGCUACUGGCAGCAUUGAUGUCCUAAUACCUGAUCUUCCAUUAACAUGGGAUCCUAGCGAAUUAUAUGAGGUGAUGGACUAUAACAUUAUAAUGGAUGGCAUACCGGAACUCGUGGAUCACUUGGAAUUUUAUGACACCAAGACAUUAUCAUGUGGAGCCAUCUUUAAUUGCAAGUUCACACAAGCAACAAAAGAUCUAAGCAUAUUAAUCCAUGCUCACUUUCUCUGGAAGAAUGUAAAGUGCAGGAAUUUCCCCCUGUAUUUUUAUCCAAGCAUGAAAAAUGAAUCUAAGAUACUUGAACCAGGAAACUACCAUUUACUAAGAGUAUCUCACAAAUUUCCUCAGCUACAGAAGAUGUCAAGUACAUCAAGUACUUUUAUUGAAGCCUUACUUCUGCCAUGGAAUUUAUUACUUACUGGGCAAGAUGGUAAUCAGUGUUCAAAGGGUCUAAUAAAGAAACAUAAAGAAAAUGGUAUUUGUGGGUACACUGAUGGUAAGGAGCAAGUACCCAUAAAGAGGCAAAAACUUGUCAACGAAUCAAAAGAUUCAUUGCUGAAAGAUGAGGCUGGCUAUUCUAUCUGUGAGUUCAGGGCUUGUUCUAGUUCUUUCAGUAACUCAGAGCAACAGGGCCCUAUCAAUUUGAGUUCUCAUCAGAUACCUUGUCAAGUUACAUUUAGAAACAUUCCUCAUAAGAAUAUAAAUAAUUCAGCUAUCUUGCAGUCUACCUCAUCUGUUGUAGAAAAAGGUGCUGAUUCUCAACAAAUUGGAAGAAAAAUUUUUGUGGAGAUCUCAUCUGAGAGUUUUUUGAACUAUCAGUUGCAGAUUGGUGAUUUUUAUGCCAUAAAACAUUAUAAAAAAGAUUGUUUCUGCACUUUAAAAGAUGCUCAAAGUGGUAGCAGUGUUAAAGUUCUUGAUUCUUUAAAAUAUCUUUGGAGCCUUUCAUUUCUUUCUGAUGAGGGUCCUCACUGCCAUAGAUCAGCAGAUUCAUCCACAAAAGAUAUUUUGUCUCCUAGCAAUAAUGGGGUUUUGCUUAAAGACGGCAAUGCACCAGGUAUCUCUUCAGAUGUUUGUCUUCACAUCCCUGCAAAUCUAAAAGAUCUCCUGGAUUACAAUUUCUUGGGAACAGAAGGUCAAGGCCAGACAUCCGCAAUAUCAGACAAAAAUUUCAUUAAUUCUCUGACUACUGAAGCUUUCGCUGCUAGCUUUCCUCAGUCCUCUGGGUGUCUUUUUCCAAGCUGCUUGUUUCCUGAGGGGAAUUUGAUUUCUCUCCAGGGUCACGUGAUUGGCAGUCAUGAUGUCAGUUCUAGUAUGAACAAUUCAUGUUUAAGUCGUACAGGCUUGAAUGCUCUUCAGUUGAAAGGCUCUGUGGGAGCUAGAAGCAGUUUAUGCAUUCAUGUCUUAGUGGAUCGACAUAUUGUGAAAAUAUUUGGUUUGGUAAGGAAACAUGCUUUUCCUACUGGUUUUGGUCCUGGUGUAUGUGCAACAUUCCAUCGAAUUCUUGAUAUGCGGGGUCACAAUGAAUUCCUGUUGCUGCCAGUGUCAUUUAUUGCAAUAAAAUCUGUAAUAUUACAUGAUGAACCAAACAGUGACAGACCACCCAGUAUAAGACCUACAUACACAUGUGAUGCAUCUGGAGACACUUUAUUUUCAGGUUUGAUUUCUGAAUUGAACCAAUGCCCAAGUCACAAGCAAACAUGGCUUCGUUGCAGAGUUGUUGCAGUCUUUGUUUUGGUUCUAGAGAGGAAUGCUACAGGAUGUGAUUUACGAGCAAAAAACAAUGCUUUGGUGCCUCUUUUUGACAUUUCGCUUGCUGGUUUUGUGUUGGAUGAUGGGUCUUCGCCGUGUUGUUGCUGGACUAAUGGUGAUAGGGCAGCAACCUUAUUGAGACUACAUGAAAAACUCCCUAAAAGCGGUUAUUGGUCACUAAAGCUGGCCGGGAUCAGUGAUAAUACUUCCAGUACCGCUGCUGAUCAUCUGGUGCGAAUUUUGAAGACUCACAAGGGAAUUACUGUGAAAAACUACGGUUCAUGUUUUAAACUGGCUUCCCAAAAUCAUGUUGUUUCUGCUAUUCAUGGUGAAGAGCUAUGCAGAUCUGAUGAAAGACUCCUCAAGUUCAUAGUCUUCAAUUCAUGCUUUGGCAGACCUUGGAAUGUUGUUGGUUCUGUGAUGAACGCUGAGGAGGUUGAUCAAAUAAAGAAAGAGUACCAUGUGGAAAUGGAGAUUAUGCGUACCAUGCCCAAUAUUUGGGCGAGAGAGGUGUGUUAUAUGAACACCUUGACUGAGGCCAGGAAUAUGGCUAGGCAAUUUUGACAAGUUAAUGCUUAUGAAAGCACUUAAGCGCAUUGAUUGUAUAAAUUAAUUUCUUUAUGGUGUCAGCUUGAAUACGUCGCAUGGAAGUGGCAGUGUCAUCAAGUAUUAUUGCAUCUUAGAUGUAUAAUAUCUUGUAAUGUGUAAAUAGCAGCUUUGACUGACAUGAAAAGUGAGAUGUUUUAAUACCAAUUUUUCAUUAAAUAUCGAUGUUCAAUUUUCUAAA